UCUGUCAGCUGCUUCCGGUCGGAGCGCAGUCCAGGGCGAACCUGUCUCACCUCCUUGUCAUGUCUUAUGGUCCUUUAGACAUGUACCGGAACCCGGGGCCCUCAGGGCCUCAGCUCCGGGACUUCAACAGCAUCAUCCAGACAUGCAGCGGCAACAUCCAGAGGAUCAGCCAAGCCACUGCUCAGAUAAAGAAUUUGAUGAGUCAACUAGGAACUAAGCAGGACUCAAGCAAAUUACAAGAAAAUCUGCAACAGUUACAACACUCUACGAAUCAGCUUGCAAAGGAAACAAAUGAAUUGCUGAAAGAAUUAGGGUCCUUACCUCUUCCCUUAUCUACUUCAGAGCAGCGCCAGCAGAAACUUCAGAAGGAGCGCCUUAUGAAUGACUUCUCUGCAGCCUUAAACAAUUUCCAGGCUGUGCAAAGACGAGUAUCAGAAAAAGAAAAGGAGAGUAUUGCCAGAGCGAGAGCUGGAUCUCGCCUGUCGGCAGAGGAAAGGCAAAGAGAGGAGCAGCUCGUCUCCUUUGACAGCCAUGAAGACUGGAACCAGAUGCAAAGCCAGGAGGAUGAAGUAGCCAUCACUGAGCAAGAUCUGGAACUUAUCAAAGAGAGAGAAACAGCAAUUCGGCAGCUGGAGGCUGACAUUUUGGAUGUCAACCAGAUAUUUAAAGAUUUAGCUAUGAUGAUCCAUGACCAAGGUGAUCUAAUUGAUAGCAUAGAAGCGAAUGUGGAAAGCUCAGAGGUGCAUGUGGAGAGAGCCACUGAUCAGUUACAGCGUGCUGCUUAUUAUCAGAAAAAAUCUCGCAAGAAGAUCUGUAUCCUGGUGCUUGUCCUGUCAUUUGUUAUUUUAAUCUUGGGAAUUAUUAUCUGGCUGUAUUCUACAUGAAGUGAAUGCCUCAGAGCCUUCUCCUGCCGAGCUGUUUCUCAGGGCAAGGACUUGUUGGAGUCUUGCCUAAAUGAACUGAUCACAAGCAAAGAGAAUACACCAGAAUGUCCUAUAAUAAUUUAGUUAGAAACUAACUACUAACUAGUCCUUGGAAUUAGUGACCUAUGGAGACAGUAUUUAUCAAUUUAUGUAUGCAUUCUGUUGAUUUCUCAAAUUAGGAAUUAACUUAUGUGGAUUUUGCUUUCUAUUGUAUUUUGAUUGCCCUUUGUCCCAAGUGUAUACUGAAGAUUCCAUUCUAGAUGCUCUUCUUUUGACAGGUGACACUACAGUCUAGUAAUAUUGUCUCUUUAUGUGUGUACCAGAUUUACCUUUCACUAGCAACUAAGAUAGAAUUACUUUCUGGAUCCAAGCAUAUUGGAAUCUGUCAGACACUGUAUUAUAAGCCAGCAAUUUUUAUUAUUUAACAUUUUCAUUUUAAUUUCCAAUAAGUAAGCUUUUUCUUUAUCUGCUUUGAAAGGUUGUGGUACUGUAUUCAGCUGGAAAGUACAAAAACUGCCCAUAUCACCCAAAUGAAAUGAAAAAGAUAUUUUUGAGCUGGUCAGCUGGGAUACAUGUUACUAAGUUGGGUUUUAAGUUUAC